AUGCGUCAUAGAAAACGUGGAAGGAAAUUGGGACGAACGACAAGCCACCGAAAGGCACUUUUUCGCAACCAAGCCACCGCGCUAUUUGAACACGAACAAAUUCGGACAACGCUCCCUAAGUGCAAAGAACUCCGCCGAGUGGCUGAAAAAUUAAUCACACUUGCGAAACAGGGCGACCUGCCUGCACGGCGACAAGCCGCAAAAAUGAUCCACAAACACGCUGUCCUACGUAAGCUAUUCGAUGACAUUGCACCGCGGUACCAAGACCGGAACGGUGGAUACACGCGUAUCAUCAGAGGCGAACUCCGAAAAGGCGAUGGUACACAGAUGGGCUACAUCCAACUUGUUUGA